UUCUCGUCAACUCGCGGCGUACGCGAGUACCGCGAGAGCCUAGGUGCAGCAGCGAGCGAGGUUGCGGGCCAGCGCAAAUGUCAGACGGCUCGUGACGGCGGGAGGUGAGGAGGAAUGUGACCGGGCGCAGCCUCUCGGCGGAGUGAAUUGAAUUCUCUCACACGCGUCCGGCGGCCGCGCGAGAUCGUGCACGAUGGAGAAUUACCAGGUGAGAGCGCUGUACGACUUUACGGGCGAGUCGGGAACGGCGGAGCUGUCAAUCACUGCCGGCGAGGUGCUGACUGUCAUACGGGACAACGUGGGCGAUGGCUGGUGCGAAGGAUUCAAUCAGAGCGGCCAGUCGGGCUUAUUCCCGGCGGCGUACGUCCAGGCGGUCAAACAGGCUGAGCCCUCCUCCAACACUAUGACGUCGUCCCAACAAAGCUCGGGAGAUUAUUGGGACGACGACUGGGACGACGAUUCCGAGGUUGGACAAACGCAGGCUUACGUUCCGCCCACGCAGCAGCAGCAGCCACUGUCGCAACAAAAUAACGCCAGCGACUAUGGCGAUCAAGUGUCGAUGCAUACUAUACAUUCUGUGAUACCAGAGAGACCUAUACCCAAUAUACCAAAGAGAAACAAUAAGUUUUCCACGUUAAUCAAGUCGGGAGAGGAUAGCUUUCUGCUGGGCGUCAAAAUGGUGACUGUGCCUGAGAGCGAAAAGAUAUUCGUAGAGGAAGAGGAGGGUGGUCGGUGCACGUGGUUACCGACUGGUGAAUCAUACAAUUGCGUCGUCACGUCGCCCAAGAAGGAGUCCAAGCUGAAGGGUCUCAAAAGUUUCAUCGUCUACCAGUUAACUCCUACGUUCAAUAAUAUACAAGUCUCAAGGAGAUACAAGCACUUCGAUUGGCUGCACGAGCGUUUGGAAGAGAAGUAUUGCUUCAUUCCGAUUCCGCCUCUGCCAGACAAGCAGAUAUCGGGGCGCUACGAGGACGCGUUUAUCGAGCAUCGACGUACGCAGCUGCAGGAGUUCGUCGACUACGUCUGUCGGCAUCCCGUGCUGUCGCGUAGUCGCGUCUGGGAGCACUUUAUCACCUGCACGGACGAGAAGCGGUGGAAGGCGGGGAAACGGCAGGCGGAGAAGGACGAGCUGCUGGGCGUGAAUUACUUCAACGCCAUUCAGUGCUCGGACACGCCGCUGGACAUAAUAAAGAUGGAGCUCCAGACGGACGCGUUCAACAGAUUUAUCAGCGGUUUGGAUCCGGUGGUGAAGAACUUCAUGGCCAUGGCGGUCGAUCAGGCGAAGAAGCAUCAGGUGUUGUACAAGAGGGAGUUCCAGAAAAUCGGGCAGUCGUUCACGUCGCUCGGCCACGCCCUCGAGGCGGACGACAACGGCCGCGGGAAGCUGACGCGCGCGUUGAAGGCGACCGGCGACGCUUACAACGACAUCGGCAAGCUGUACGAGGAGCAGCCCAAGUUCGAUUGGGAGCCGCUAUCCGACAAGUUUCACAUUUAUCGCGGUAUUAUUAGCAAUUUCCCCGACGUCACCAGCAUUCAUAAGAGCGCCAUGCAAAAACGAAGAGACUGCGAGCGGAUGGUCAGCGAGCAUAAAUUGGAGCCGCAGCAGCUACGCGACCUGUCCCAUCGGACUGACGUGAUAGCGCGCGCCCUGAUCGCCGAGGAGACCCAUUUUCAAACGGAACGAGAAGUGCACAUAAAUAAGGCCGUGAGGACGCAUCUCACGGAACAGAUCGCCUUCUACCAGAAGAUAGUCGACAAACUACAGGAGGCGUUGAAUACGUUCGCCGAAUGAUACUCGUAAUCUGCCACGAUCUGCCUAAGUAACAUGAGAUCUAGUCGCUCCAAGAGCGACCGACCAUCAGUGUUAACGAAAAGAUAUCUCAAUCAAUAACGACAAAAUGCUUACAAUUUCAGUAAAAUAUGUACAUAACACUAGACCCAUUUACUUGAAUUAGCGCAGUCGGAAUUGAGCAGUUAAACUGGACAGCAGUUGAUAUCAAAACGGCUGUGUACAGCCGUCUCAAGUAUUUGUGAAGUUAUCAAGUGAUUAUCGUGUUAAGAUUCGGUAUACGGCUGAAAUUGAUAUAAAUCACGCGACGAUCAUUGAUAUAGUAUAAGAAAUUGUAAUAUAUUUUACGUUGAUAUUAAUUUUAAUCUUCAGUCCACUGCAUCUCGUUAAUUCUGAAAUGUGUGAAAUUCUUUUUCACAAAAUUUCAAUUCUGUCCGAAUAAUUUCUCGCGGUGAAUUCUUAAAAAGAGCGGCGUAAUAUCGCAUCGUCGUUAAAUUAUCAUGUGUAUUAUGUAGACACGAAUGGUCCAUUUUUACACGGUCCACACAACUCGACUUUAAUUAUAAAGUUCAAUCACGAAAUAUCAUGUAUUGCAACGUGAAUUGUUAUGAUUGUAAUAAUACUUUGUAACUAGGAAUAAUCGUGUCCGUGUGACAUUAAAAGUUGAUAAUCGGAUUGUGUUUUGUCCAUUGAUUCCACACGAAGCAGCAGUUGAAAAAUAACAGCACGCGAAAUCGCUUGCAAUAUUCCGUACUAGCACACGUGUUACUAUAUUUUUAAGUAAACUAAUUAAAAUCAAAGGAGGAGCUAUAAAAGCUCGCGCUACACGAAAUAUUUUAGUUUUAAUACGAAAAGAUCAAUCGAUUGUUUAAUGAGCAGCUAAAUAUAUAUGAUGCAUUGUGUGAAAUUCUGCUUUGUAAGAUUAUCAUAUUUAACAUUCGUCAUUUCCCUCUGCAGAAUGCAAAAAUUAUUCAUUCUGUCGUAGUGAGGAUUAAAUUGUUUGUCGCGUAUAAAUGAGAAAGCGAAAGAUAAAUCUAUCUGCGCGUAAUGUUUCUAUAGGGUGUUCAAAAGGCAGCCGUUUUGUAUACACGUUUUUUAAACGAAACAUUUGUGUGACUGUCACAAAACCCUAUACAUUUUUUUAAUAAGCAAUACGCAUAUAGCGAAAAAAAUAACAAAGUAUAGGACGAUUACAUUCUUGUUAUCGCAUUUAAAUAAAAUGUACAAAUAACAGAGCUUAUAUGUAUAAACAUAGGCAUCAUGUACCAAUUUUUAUAAACGAUCUUAUAACGAUUAUCAGCGAGAAAAAAAUCGAAUUCUUUUGGUAAGGAAUUCUAAUAAAUGGCUAUAUUGAAUCAAGAA